GCCGUCCUGAUCUAAAUCCUACGAGACUGUUCCUCCCCGCAAAUCCAUCACUUAACCUCUGUCGUUCAAAACGAUAAGUGCUGAGAUUCAGAAAAACUACAAAUCCCAUAAAGUAUAGCACGUCGAGGGCUUUUGGAGCGCAUGAUCGGCCGCGGCGCAGGCGCGGGCUUGAUAGCGGAGAAACAUGGCUGCCCCAACGUUUACUGCGAGGUUGUAUUCGCUGCUGUUCCGCAGGACCUCCACCUUCGCCCUCACCAUCGCCGUGGGAGCCUUGUUCUUCGAGCGCGCCUUCGAUCAAGGCGCGGACGCAAUCUACGAACACAUCAACCAGGGGAUUGAAUGCCAAGGGCAGACUCCAGCCGGCAUCAAGGACAAGGCAGUGAUGGAAUGUAGAGAAAGUGUCAGCUGGGAGCCACUUAGCCGACAGUCUAAGUACAGGGGUACUGACUGCCUUCAUAUGCUGCUCCCGACCUAUUCUCCCUUCAAAACUCCUACACAGAAAACUUCCUCAGCUGCUCUGGACACUUCUUCUCCACUGCACCCUCAUAAGACUGCCGGAUCAACUCCCUUUCUCAAACACCUUCAAUGGCUCCCCACUACUGUCUCCCUGGACCCUUUGGCCCCCUCCCAGGCCUCCGUGCUCCUCAGGCUCUGCUGCCCCCAUCUCAGCUGAGAGCUCUACUGCCAGCCUUUUCUCUGCUUCCCCUGGACCGGAACUGGACGUAAAAAUGAAGAAUCAUUCAGUGGGCUUCAUGGCAGACUGGACACACAGAGGAAAGGACAAAUGAAUCUGAAAAAAAGGUGAAAUAAAACAGGGCAUCUGU